GGAAUGAAGGCACGACCCAGCAUUCUAAAACCCUAAUACUCAUAUCCAAAAAUUUGUAAUAAUACCUUAAACCCAAAACCCAGUCAUCUUAACAUCACCUCCUAUAGCUUGCAAUUCUCGGAAAAUGGCACGUCUAAUUCGAACCAUGAAAAGAACCCUAAUCUCUACUCCCAAAACCCUUAUUCCACAACUUCACCAACAACUACUCCAACAAAAUCCAAUUUCAGAAUUAAAGGACCCGUUUCAAUUCGUGUUAACCAGAAAUUACAUAUCGGAAAUGCGUAAGUCCGCAUUUCAAGAUAACAUCCUCAGGUUACUUCGUAAUGAAAUUCAAUACGAACUCGAUCGUGCUCCUCCUAAACAACUUGUUACCAAGUUUAAAUCCUUUGCAAUUGAUGAGCGGCCUGGUGAGCAAUGGAUAACACUGAAAACAAAAUUUGCGGAGAGUGAAGAGAUUAAGGUAGAAGCAACCAUGUUUGAUGGAGCCAUUCCAGGUGAUGUCACCAAGGACAACAAUGUGCAGCUUCACAUUACUUUGAUUGUUAAUAUCUUAAAGGGUGAUGGAGAUGCUUUAGAAAUUAUGUGCUCAGCUUGGCCAAAUAGCAUAGAAAUUACAAAGCUUUUCAUACGCGGGAGUGUCAAGAUGCCUGAUAAAGCCUAUGUUGGUCCUGAUUUCAAGGAAUUGGACGACGAGCUACAAGAAUCACUUUAUGAAUUCUUGGAGGCAAGAGGUAUAGAUGAUGAAAUGGCAGCUUUCUUGCAUGAAUACAUGAAGAACAAAGGUCGAACUGAAUACAUUAGGUGGAUAGAUACUGUUAAGUCUUACAUUGAGAAGAAAUAGAGAUUGUUUCUCACAAUGAUCAUAAUUCUGAUGAUUCCUGUGUAUUUGUUAAUGAAACUUUAAACAAGGAUGUCACUCUUGGCUACCAAUCGGAAAUUUGACUAGUUUUUGAAGACAACAUCCCCAUGGUAACACUAAUGAAAGGUAUUCUGAGUGUUAAAGCUGUUUGCAGAUUCCAGUCAGAUUCCAGUUUUAUGCCAUUGUAGUUGCAAAAAGAGGGCCUGGGAUAUAGCCCCUAGUUUUCCAGGUUCAAAUAAUGACUGAACGUUGAGUUGUAACCUAUUCUUCAACCUGAUCAAGUAUGUAUACAAGUGAAGCAGAUGUAGGCUAUUUUUUCC